UGUACCCAGCCUGCCUAAACUGCUUGCUUUAGGGUUCUCUAAAGGUGCAGGCUGUUCUUUCCAGACCCCAUGCCUUUUUGUACAUGCUCUUCUCAGAUCAGAUCGGAUCCAGGAACCACUGCUUUGUGACUCACGGAGGUCUCGUCCCUAAGGACACGACAGCUGCAGAAAGGACUAGGACAGUGCAUUUGUGCUGUCUCCCACAGAUGGUAACAGCAAUAUAACAGACUGAAGAAGCACUUCCUGACGUUCAGGCUGCUUGUUAAGGGGUGAGCUCUCUGUCCUUGCAGUGGUCUUCCCAUGGGGCCAGGAGCCACACCGGCUGGGCAACAACUCCCUAUUUCUGAUUGGAUCUUUCUCAUAUGGGACUUCUCCACCAGGACCCAGGACCCUGGUGCCUGCAUAGGACGUGGCCAGGCGGAUGAUCACAGGCUCCUGCUAUUGGGCUUUUCUCCCUCACCUUCUCCAUAUCCCUCUUGGGCUUACGUUGGCUGGCUGAACUUGGCAGAUUGACUUGGCUGGCAGCCACACCUACCCUGCCUCACCAUGGACCAGGACUAUGAGCGGCGCCUACUCCGACAGAUUGUCAUCCAAAACGAGAAUACGAUGCCAUGUGUCUCGGAGAUACGGCGGACCCUGACGCCUACCAACUCCCCUGUGUCUUCCCCCAGCAAGCAUGGGGACCGCUUCAUCCCCUCAAGAGCCGGCGCCAACUGGAGUGUAAAUUUCCACAGGAUCAAUGAAAAUGAAAAGUCUCCCAGCCAGAACCGGAAAGCCAAGGAUGCCACCUCGGACAAUGGCAAAGAUGGCCUAGCCUACUCAGCCUUGCUGAAGAAUGAGCUGCUAGGGGCUGGCAUUGAGAAGGUGCAGGACCCGCAGACAGAGGACCGCAGGCUGCAGCCUUCCACGCCCGAGAAGAAAGGCCUGUUCACGUAUUCCCUCAGUACCAAGCGCUCAAGCCCUGAUGACGGCAAUGAUGUGUCUCCCUACUCCUUGUCACCAGUUAGCAAUAAGAGUCAGAAGUUAUUGCGGUCACCACGAAAACCCACCCGCAAGAUCUCUAAGAUCCCCUUCAAGGUUCUGGAUGCACCUGAGUUGCAGGACGACUUCUACCUGAACCUGGUGGACUGGUCAUCUCUCAAUGUGCUCAGUGUGGGACUGGGCACCUGCGUGUAUCUAUGGAGCGCCUGUACCAGCCAGGUGACGCGGCUCUGUGACCUCUCUGUGGAAGGGGACUCAGUGACCUCUGUAGGCUGGUCUGAGCGGGGCAACCUGGUGGCCGUUGGCACGCACAAGGGCUUCGUGCAGAUCUGGGAUGCAGCUGCAGGGAAGAAGCUCUCCAUGCUAGAAGGCCACACAGCACGUGUUGGGGCACUGGCCUGGAACGCUGACCAGCUCUCAUCUGGAAGUCGGGAUCGCAUGAUUCUGCAAAGGGACAUCCGCACCCCGCCCCUGCAGUCAGAGCGGCGGCUACAGGGCCACCGGCAGGAGGUGUGUGGGCUCAAGUGGUCCACAGACCACCAGCUCCUCGCCUCAGGAGGCAACGACAACAAGCUAUUGGUCUGGAAUCACUCAAGCCUGAGUCCUGUGCAGCAGUACACGGAGCACCUGGCAGCUGUGAAGGCCAUAGCCUGGUCCCCACACCAGCAUGGGCUGCUGGCAUCCGGCGGUGGCACGGCUGACCGCUGCAUCCGCUUCUGGAACACACUCACAGGGCAGCCACUGCAGUGCAUUGACACAGGCUCCCAGGUGUGCAACCUGGCCUGGUCCAAGCAUGCCAACGAGUUGGUUAGCACACACGGCUACUCACAGAACCAGAUCCUGGUCUGGAAGUACCCGUCUCUGACCCAGGUGGCCAAGUUGACCGGGCACUCCUACCGGGUUCUGUACCUGGCCAUGUCCCCUGAUGGAGAGGCCAUUGUCACUGGUGCUGGAGACGAAACCCUGAGGUUCUGGAAUGUCUUUAGCAAAACCCGUUCAACAAAGGAAUCUGUGUCUGUCCUCAACCUCUUCACCAGGAUCCGGUAAACCAUGGGCUGAGCCAUCAGGGCUGAGGAGCACCACCUGUCAUCACGUGCAUGACCCUACCUCCCUGCACAGGUCCCCAGAGGAAGCGAUUGGGGUGGGCGGGGAGCCGGGCCCAGAGAGACCCUGAAGAUUCUCAUUAAAGCCUGAUUGCGAACCCUGUCAGCGGUGUUUAGGGUGGGGAUGUCUUUGGGCACCAGCAGGCACUUGGGGCUCUGGCUCCCUUCACAUCAGGUGGCCCUGUGGCCCUGUGGCCCCAGCUCUGACAGUCUUCGCUCCGAAGGGGAUGGACGCCUCCCUGGACCCCCACCUGCUUCCCUUUGUGUCCAUCAUCACUUUGUUGGGCUGCAUGCUCUUCCCGGAAGCAUGGGUUCACCGCUGCUGCCACCACCCACGCCUGUGACAGGACAAGCAGCUGGAUGCCAAGCUGGUCAGCCAGGGGAGGGCCCAGCAGUAGGAUGGUUCAGGUCAGCCCAUGGAUCCACAGGACAUUCCUGAUAGGUCUCUCUGCAGCCACCUCUGCUGCCCCUGUGCUGGCAGCCAUCCCAGUGACUUUGCUAGGGGCCAGGCAUCAGGAGCGGGCCCCAGGCAGGUUGUGCACCAGAGGAGAUCAUCAUGAGAUGGACUUGUUUGAGGAGAACUGAAGUGUGGUCCACUCGUCAUCACAUGCUUGCCCUGACCCUGCACUGUCCUUGUCUCUAGCAAGGUCGCAGCUGAGCUCUGUUACCAGCGGGACUAUGAUUCCUGGGGCUUGCUGGGUAUACAGAUCUAAGGUGACCUAAAGGUGGUGCCUCAACCUCCUCCCCGGCUCCUUCCCCAUCAGGCCAUAUUGUGUCCUGUCCAACUGUGCCUAUGGCCAUAGGGAAGCCAGGGAGGAGAGCAAAGGAGGGGGCAACCACUGGUCCCCCAGAAGCUUUCCAGGUUUCCCCUGACCCUGCCUCCACCCUGUCAUCCUCUGCCCAAGCUGUACCUUGGCACCACCUCACUUCCAGGCCUGGAGAAGUUGGAGGGAGAGGUGAACCCAGGUGUGACCAGGGGCCUGAGCACUCCCCCUCCCCCUCAGAAUGGAGGACAAUGACAGGAAGUGGACUGGGCAGAGCAGGGUGGGGAUCACUCUGGCUCUGCUUCGAGGCCCCACUCCUUUAGUGUUUCCCCCAUAAUCGGCCAUGCUUGUGCAUGUGUAUAUAUGUAUUUGUGACUUUGGGUUUAUGUUUUGUAGAUUGGUCUCAGAAAUGUUUAAGGCUAGCUGGGGAGGGGCAUGGCCCACCUACUAUGCCUGGGGGUGACCGAGGUCAUAGCUUUUAAAGCCUUCAUUUAGGAGGGGCCAUCAGCUGAACCUGUUUGGACUUGGGGAAGGAUGGGAUCCCGCCUCCCCUGCCCCAUCCCAGCAUCUGCGUGCCACAGCCUCAAGCAAUGACAGUGUACAUAGAUGUGUGUAUUUCGAUUGGUCAACAUCUUAUUUUCGUUUGAGUCUUUUUUUAAAUAAGAAAACAAUUCUUCCCUACUGCAUCCUUACCCUGUGCAGCUUCCAAAGAGCCCAGGAGCUGGCUUUGUGUGUAGGACCCGUGCCUGGAGUGAGACAAUAGAGGGUGCGAAGUGUGUGUUCCCCUGCCUGCAAUCUGGUGGGCUGCAGAGCAAGCCUUGCUUCUCAUCUCGUGCAGUAUCAUUGUCAUUAAACCAGUGUGCGCUCGUGCACAUCUAGGGCUGGCUGUCCAUCUGUCUGGUUCCUGGCUGGGGUCUCACAAACUGGUGAGCAGCCUGCCCUGGUUGAGCUUUCUUUAAGGGAUGCCAGUGUCCCUGACUUCAUAGUCUAGUGGGGGUGAGGGUGACAUGCACUCAUGCCAGUUCUUACAGCCCAGCUGGGGAAGAGGUGCCCACAGCGCUGGGGUGGUGGUGGUCUCCACAUGCAAUGGGGAGGGGGUCGGCCAGGGGGGCAGGCUGCAUGGGAGCCCUCGGGCAGGGCAGGCACUGCUGCCACCUCUACCUGAGAGAUGACCAAAGUCAGCAGCAGGGGCAUCACCCACCAGCAUCCACACUUAGGCAAGGUUGAAGGGUGGGGUGGGGCACAGUCUGUCAGGUGUCCUCUGAUUAUUGAAUGUAGCUUUUUCAGUAAAUGGAAAAGGGAGUUAAGGGUGAGGCAAAGACCAGGGCAGCAGUUAGGCCCUGAGAGCUCAGGACAGACCAACUAACCUUGCAGCAGCCCAUGACUGGUGGCACACCCCAGGCCCUCCCCUCCAGGAGAAGAUGCCUGUUUUAGGCUCAGAAGACAACAAAACAGACCAGAUCCCAAGACCUGCUCUCAUGGAGCUGUUGGGUGUGUGUGUGGGGGUGCUUUGUAACGGAGGUAGGAAGCUUUAGGAAAGGACAGCUUUGAAUCCAGGGCUUGCUACAAACCAGAUGUUUGAGCAAGGGCUCCAAGAAAAGCAGGAGACACCUGGGCAGAGAACUUUCCAGCCUGUGCAAAGGUCCAAGGCAGGAAGGUCGAAGGUCCAAAGCUUCUGGUGUGUUGAAGGAACAGUGAGGAGGUACCUUGUGGCAGGAGCAGAUGAGCAAGAAGGAAGAGGGAUGUGAGUGAGGGCAGAGAGGUCCGGGAGGUUUUGCAGGGCCUUGUGGGUAGGCUGUGAGAAGGACCUGGGUCUACUAAGUUGAGAAGGAAAAAUAUUGCUGUAUGAAGACCUGACUACUGGUGCUGGGGUGCAGAGGCCACAGGGGAGGCUCUUCCAGGCUAGUGAUGUGACUGGACACCCAGGUAGAGGUGGUAAAAGGGAGGUAGAUUCUGGAUUUUAUUCCUUUUUAACUGGUAGAAUAUACAUAACUUACUGUUGACCUUCUUAAACUGAACAUUUCAGUGGCAUUUGGUGUAUUCACAAUGUGCAAGCAGCACCUCUAAUUCCAAAACAUUUCCAUCACCCAAAAAACCCCCACAUCUCUAUUAGCAGUCACCCACAGCCCCUGGCAAUUACAAACCCACUUUCUGUCUCUGGAUUUGCCUGUUCUGGACAUUUUGCAUAAAUAGAAUCAUA